GCCUGAGCGCCCGGCGCCCUGCGCUCCUCCCCGCGCGGUCCCGGCGGCCCAGGGUGAGUCGGCCCCGGCCGCGGGGCGGGGACUGGGAGGGGCGCGUUCCUCGAAGCCCGACCCAGUGGAGGCUGCAGCCACCGGAGUGGGCGCCCGGAGCUCGACAGGGAGCGGACCUGCAGCCGGCACUGCCGCCUCCGCUCGCCUUGGGUCCGUAACCCUCCUCGGGGCGAAGGGCCCUGCGCCCCGGUCCAUGCUGGCUGUGGUCGGGGGCGUGCGGCCGGACCCCAGAGACCCGCUCCGCCUAGGCGGACGGCUGCGCAGAGAUGAGGCUGCAGGCCGGGAGGCCUGGCGAUGUGGGGCGGCUCCGGGAAGAACCAGGCUCUGCCUCUUGCAUCCGCCCGAUGGCGGGCUCUUCCCCGCAGCCUCGCUCCCCGGCGGAAGCCGUUUCCCGCAGCUUUCAUUCACCCUGCGCAGAGGCUGAGGCUGAGGCUGAGGCAGGAGAAUGGCGUGAACCCGGGAGGCGGAGCUUGUAGUGAGCCAAGAUCGCACCGCUGCACUCCAGCCUGGGCGACAGAGGGAUACUCCGUCUCAAAACAACAGCGACAAUAAGCGUUAACAUUUGAACUGAAACCUGCUGGCCGAGAGAAGCAGCCACAGAUCCCUGAGGAGAAACUCCCAGGCGGGGGAACAGAGAGAAGGCUGGCAUGGCUGCGGCGUAGUGAGCAGGGUGCCCCAGGUUCCCGAGGAACAGGGCUUAUUCUGUGUAAGGAGGAAGGUGACCCCUCCUAGUCUUCUAGACCCCGGUUAAAUGUUACUUCCGCCAGUAACAUUUCUUGGUGGUCCUCCUUCUAAAUUAGCACCCUCCUCCCCUUGACAUUUUCUCUGUCAGCACUCGCAGCAACAGUUUGCUCUGUUGUCAUCAUAUCACUGCUCGAUUAUUUUUAGCCCAGUGCUGUUUAAUCUGAUUGAAGGUUUAUUUCCUAAUUCCAAAGAUAGAGCUAAAAGCAGGUUUUUUCCCCUCUAACCACGUAGCCCCUCCCUGAGUACAUGCACUCCCUAGACAUGAGCAAACAAAAAGCAGCAGUGGUAACUUACCCUCCUAGUCCAAGUCCAACCGUAGUCCGGGGUUGCAGUUCUUACCAGAGUGGAGCGUGGUAUGUGUUGAGGGAUCAGGGGGUCGAGUCUUCUGGCAGCCUCAUACCCUGAGAUACUCUUGGUGGCCUUGUUGGGGUGAGGACAACACGUGUGACCAUCGCAGUGGCCCAGGGGUGAUUCACGAAUCUGUCUGAUGUACUCCCAUCACCCUUCGUACCCUAACAUGUCAAAAGGACUCUGCUGCCAAAUGUCACUUCGCAGCAUUGUGAUCAAGCGGCCGUCCUGCUUCUAAAGGUGGCAUAGUGCUAUGGAGAAAAAUAAAGCAAGGAGCGAGGAUAAGGAAUUCCCAGGCGGAAGGGGAGGUGGCAGUCACAGAAGGCCUCCCAGCAAGGUGACAGCCAGCAAACAUUGGAGGGAGUGGGUGUUCCAGUGGAGAAGCUUGGGUGCAGCUGCUCCUUGGGACGUGAAGGAGGUGGCUGAUGUGAUUGCCCCUGCACUUUACCCUCUCCUGCUCCCUUCUGGAUCUGAAGGGGCCUUUUGGGGGGCUGGAGAGCCUUAGGCCUGGGCUCCUUCCAUUCAUGGCUCUAUGUUCCCCUGGAAUUCACUGCCUCUAGCACCUGCUCCUCCUCAGAGGGUACCCUGGAAUGACGAUGGCACUCCCGAUGCCUGGAACCCAGGAGGCUGUUGUGUUCGAGGAUGUGGCUGUGUACUUCACGAGGAUAGAAUGGAGUUGCCUGGCCCCCGACCAGCAGGCCCUCUACAGGGACGUGAUGCUGGAGAACUAUGGGAACCUGGCCUCGCUAGGCUUUCUUGUUGCCAAACCGGCACUGAUCUCCCUCUUGGAGCAAGGAGAGGAGCCGGGGGCCUUGAUUCUGCAGGUGGCUGAACAGAGCGUGGCCAAAGCCAGCCCGUGCACAGAUUCCAGGAUGCAGGCCGGGGUCAUGGAGUCUCCUCUGCAGAGAAAGCUCUCCAGGCAGGCAGGACUGCAGGGCACCGUGUGGGGGUGCCUCCCUGGGGGGCACCCCGCACCACCCCACCCACGUGGCAGUCCUGAGGACGGGUCAGAUAAACUUACCCACCCCCGGGCUCGGGAGCGCAGCGCCUCCCCAAGGGUUCUGCAGGAAGACCCGGGCCGGCCUGUGGGGAGCUCAGCCCCCCGCUACAGGUGCGUGUGCGGCAAGGCGUUCAGAUACAACUCACUGCUGCUCAGGCACCAGGUCAUCCACACCGGCGCCAAGCCCUUCCAGUGCACGGAGUGCGGGAAGGCCUUCAAGCAGAGCUCCAUCCUGCUGCGGCACCAGCUGAUCCACACUGAGGAGAAGCCGUUCCAGUGCGGCGAGUGCGGCAAGGCCUUCCGGCAGAGCACGCAGCUGGCUGCCCACCACCGCGUCCACACCCGCGAGCGGCCCUACGUGUGCGGCGAGUGCGGCAAGGCCUUCAGCCGCAGCUCCCGGCUGCUGCAGCACCAGAAGUUCCACAGCGGGGAGAAGCCCUUCGCGUGCACCGAGUGCGGCAAGGCGUUCUGCCGCAGGUUCACCCUCAACGAGCACGGCCGCAUCCACAGCGGGGAGCGGCCCUACCGGUGUCUGCGGUGUGGGCAGCGCUUCAUCCGAGGGUCCUCGCUCCUGAAGCACCACCGGCUGCACGCCGAGGAGGGCCCCCAGGACGGCGGCGCGGGGCAGGGCGCCUUGCUCAGAGCGGCGCAGAGGCCGCAGGUGGGGGACCCGCCGCACGAGUGCCCGGUGUGCGGGAGGCCGUUCCGACACAACUCCCUGCUGCUGCUGCACCUGCGCCUGCACACGGGCGAGAAGCCGUUCGAGUGCGCGGAGUGCGGCAAGGCCUUCGGUCGCAAGUCCAACCUCACUCUGCACCAGAAGAUCCACACCAAGGAGAAGCCCUUCGCGUGCACCGAGUGCGGCAAGGCCUUCCGCAGGAGCUACACGCUGAACGAGCACUACCGGCUGCACAGCGGCGAGAGGCCAUACCGGUGCCGCGCCUGUGGGAGGGCCUGCAGCCGGCUGUCCACCCUCAUCCAGCACCAGAAGGUGCACGGCCGCGAGCGCCAGGAGGACACGGAGGGCAGGCGGGCGCCCCGCUGGGCUUCCCGAUGAUGGGGACGACAGGCCGAGGAUUCACGCGGGAGGCCCACUCAAGCCAGCGGGGCCCCAGCGCAGAAAUUCAGAACCCCACGUCUUGAAGGUGCAGCGAAGUCUGAAGAAAGGGCCAGCUCCCACCAAGAGCUCAGCUGCUUGCUCUAGCCGGGCAGUGGGGAGGGAAAGGGCACCGGGCAGCCCGUGGUGUGGCCUCAGGAACUGCCAUCAGCCGCCAUUUCCUGGGACCUUCCGGAAAUGUCCAGGAGCGCAGAAGUGAGGGAGGGAGGGGCAGCUAUGCUCAGUCCCCAAAGAGCAGGGCACAGGGGACACCACAGACGCAUAUGCAGCCUGGCACAGCCAGGCCUUAGCACCAGGCCCUGUGUGGCGGUGAAUUUCAGGUGUUGUAAAGCCGACUCACAGGAUAGAAUGUGCCUCAGCUGCCUGCCACGUCUCCUGCCUGUAAUCCCAUCACUUUGGGAGGCUGAGGCAGGAGGUUUGCUUAAGCCCAGGAGUUUGAGACCAGCCUGGGCAACAUGGUGAAACUUCUCUACAAAAAAUUUAAAAAUCA